AUGGAGGCUGGCUCCACAGAAGCCAGCAGCAGCUCCCAGGGAGGUACCGGCUGGCUGGAUCUUACCCUUGUCACCUGCACUGAAACGGUGACUUUCACUGAAGUGGUGGCAGAAGAGGAGUGGGGAUCCUUUUACUACUCUUUUAAGACAGAGCAGCUGGUGACUUUGUGGAUCCUCUUUAUUGUCACAAUUGCUGGAAAUGCCAUCGUGCUCUUCUCUACCUGGAGGAGGAAGAGGAAAUCUCGAAUGACCUUCUUCGUCACACAGUUGGCAAUCACAGAUUCGUUCACAGGACUCAUAAAUAUAAUGACUGACAUCAUUUGGCGUUACACUGGAGAUUUCAUGGCUCCUGAUAUUGUUUGCAGAGUCGUUCGCUACUUCCAGGUGGUCCUUCUAUACGCCUCGACUUACGUCCUUGUGUCACUAAGCAUAGACCGGUAUCAUGCCAUAGUUUACCCAAUGAAGUUCUUGCAAGGAGAAAGACAGGCGAAAGUUCUCAUUGGAGUGGCCUGGAGCCUCUCUUUCCUGUUUUCCAUACCGACUCUGAUUAUUUUUGGGAAACGGCAGCUCUCCAAUGGGGAAGUGCAGUGCUGGGCUCUCUGGCCUGAUGACUCCUACUGGAUACCCUACAUGACAGUGGUGGCUUUCUUGGUCUACUUCAUUCCUCUGAUCAUCAUCAGCAUCAUAUACUCAAUUGUGAUUCGAACCAUCUGGAUGAAAAGCAAAGCUCAGGCUGUCAUCAUAUCCAGCUGCCCUGGUGGCAAAACCUCUGCUGGCUACACCAGUCGUGGGUUCAUAUCCAGGGCGAAAGUGAAAGCAAUCAAGUACAGCAUCGUAAUUAUCCUUGCAUUUGUUCUCUGCUGGAGCCCUUACUUUCUUUUUGAUAUCCUGGACAACUUCAACAUACUCCCUGAGACCAAAGAGCGUUUCUAUGCAUCCGUGAUCAUUCAGAACUUGCCAGCCUUGAACAGUGCCAUCAACCCCCUCAUCUACUGCCUCUUCAGCAACAGCCUCUGCCCUCCUUUCAGGGAAAGAAGAACUCGAAGGCUGGGAGGCACUUUUCGGGAUAGGAGUGAUGGAGGGCAGGAGAUGCAGGUCCUGUCCAAACCCGAAUACAUCUAG